AAAGCGCUAUCUUUGAAUGGCAGCGGAUCGCUUUAGAGACGGAGGGAUAGCAGGUGACUUGUUAUGAGGCCAGAGGUACUGUCACUCGGUGUAACCUUGGAUACAGUUCUAGCUGUUGACUAUGGUUGGAAGGGUCUCAUCGCUCUGAGCAGUUUUACAAACAUACUCAUAGUUGAUCCCUAUUCUUGUAAAUCAGUACAGUCACUACAGGGUCAUCGUGCCAAUGUGGUGAAUGUUUUGUGGGCUCCUGAAAACUAUUAUCACGAUGACAAGAAUCCUUUUCAGUUAAGGCUGGCUAGUUUUGACUCUUCUGGAGUAAUAGUUGUUUGGGAUGCUUAUACUGCUUCUGUCUUGUCGGAGUUUCGAGAACCAGAUUCACUAGUAUUGGGUUAGUUAACGCAUGCUAUUUCGAAUUACAGAUACUUUGUGGUUACCAAAUCAAUGGGUAUCACAUGACUUGUUGGCUGCUCUUCAUUCUCGUGGUAUCUUUGUCAUUUGGAACACCCAAACCCAAACACAACUAUGGAAGUAUUGCUUUAGUGACUCCAUCGUCUCCUUUUCUUUGGAUUCAUUCGCUGCUUUAAGGAUAAUUUUCUGUUCAAGAGAACAUUACGUGAUCGAAAAGUUUUCUGUUACCGUGUGUAACUUUGGUAAAGGCAAAAGACUCAGCAUCCUCGAGACUGUUGAAGGUGGAGAUAAGAUUUUGGGUAGUGAAACCAACGGACAUGAAACGGGAUCCGGAGUAGCAGCUGUAAAAUCAGUCCUCAGCGGAUUGGUGUACGGUAUGGGAACUCACGAAAGGUCAUUGGAUUCUUCGAGUGAUGCUGGGAGAGUAACAUCCACAAAGACAUGCUUACAAGUUACUUAUCAUGGAUACCUCAAGGAUUGUGCACUGUUUCUUUUUAAAAGAGAGAUUGUUAUUGUGAAUUUAGCGGUAGUUCACCCAUUCGCUGUUAUUUCUCUGGAUGCUUCCUGGCCAUCUUUUUCGCGCGUGUAUUCCUGUACUCAACGUGAUGUUAUAAUUUGUCUGCAUGAAAAUGGCAAUUUAAGCGUGUACGCUUGUCGUGGCCUUGCUUUAGAAAUGGAUUCUUCUGCUCACCCGUCUCAUAUGCUGCAGAAACCUCGCAAAGAAUCUGGUGAUUUCUUACUUAAUAACAAGUGCUCCUAUGUUCUUGUUGCAGCUGCUGCUUCGCGCAGACGCCCAAAACAAGCACAUCAUGUUGAUUUCUCUGUUGAUCGAAUGAAAGAGGUGAAUAUCGCAGUGGUUGCUAUUGAUGGGCGUGUGCAGUUCUGGCAACUUCGGGGUAUUCAACACCCAACUGUGGACAGUGAAAAAGUAAAGCCAAUCUGGACACUUUCAGAUCUGAUACCGCACGCACCGAUCGAAAAUAAGCCCUUAGUAAAGUUGUAUCUUGAAUUAAGCGCAUUAUAUACUCCAAAUAGAUCAGAACCAACAUUAUGCCGAGUCUGCCCGCCAAAUCUUAUUAAAGCUGGGAUGAUGGAUUCAGUUUGUGGUCCACUGGUUGCUGUUGGGAACACUCAUGGUGAUAUUCAGGUUUGGGAUAUGUCAUCAAAUUUAUUGUGGCGUGAAUAUCGUGUCCUGUCAGUACCUAUUAAGGGGAUCGAAUGGAUAACAAUACCUCGUACAGUUUACAAAAGUUAUCCAAACAAUGAAGAUUCUUCAGUUUUACUUAAAAACGAUUAUUCAUUAGGUUUAAUUGUUUACGGUUGGCAAUCAAAAGAUGGUCAUCCAAGUUCUCUCACUGAAAACACUUUAAACAAAACUACUACCAUUGGGAGGAACUUUGUUAUUACACUUGAUUUAUUGACAGGAUAUAUGCGUGUGUUUCGGGAUAUUUCACGUGAAAAAAUGAACAAUUCGAGUUCUAGUGUAGGAUCAGGCAGCCCCCUUGGUCAACUUUUAUCUGGAUCUAACAAUCAAGAACGUCAUUUGGAAGGACCUAUUGAUUUCCUUCGUGUCAGUCAUUUAAGUCAAUAUGUUGGCAUAAUUGCUCGGAAAAGCCCUUUGGAAAUAUGGAAGGUAUGCAGUUCUUCUUUGUUAAUGAAAUUAGCUCUGUCACCAGAUGUGACAGCUGUCGCUUUGGAUUGGUGUCAUUCUGCUAGUAAACAGCGAAGUCGGGGAGAUCCGCGUAAUAAUCCCAAGUUGGAAGAUUAUGUUCAUUCAAAGGAAUCAUCCCGUAUGCGUGAAUCGUGCAUUAUGUGCACUUCUGAUGGUAAUAUUCGCCUGAUUGCAGUGAAUAAAGAUUCAGUGGAUAGUACAUCUGUUUCAAAUACAAUUUUGAACGGUCUACCGGCUGUCAGUUUGAAUCGUAUUAAUGCUGUCGCUUGGUUUUGUGAUUUGGUGGCUUUUGGUACUUGUGAUGGUUUUGUAGCUGUUCGGGAUUUACAGAACAAGAGAACUUUGUUGAGAACAACUUGUUCGCAAUCAAAUUACUUAAAUCAAGCUAUUGGGACUUUAAAUGAACAAUAUUUCGAUCCUGAUAUGUUGGAUACAAACUCUUUCGUUGUACUUCCUUCAGUGGGUAUUCGACGUUUGCGCUUUGUACCGGGUUCGUCUUCCUUAACUCGUCUACUUAGUUUACAAUUUGAUUCUGUAUGUGUAUGGGAACCAAGACAGAUGUUACUUUUGUGUAUGAUUGAGUUCACUGGAUCGGUUCAUCAUACUUUGAUUAGUGCCGAUUGGGUUUCCACUGUUUCAAAACCUUCUGACAGAGCUUUAUGUGUUCUGCUAAGUAGAGAUGGAGCUUUACGGCUUGUACAGGCUGGGCAAGCCAAUUAUGAAAUGACAGUUGUUGAUUACUUCAAUGAGUCGGGGAAUCCGGGAAGUUCAGGUGCUCGAGGAAUCACUUUAAACAAUCCAGUCUCUAAAUUCUACAUCAAAAGCUCAUUACCAGAUAGGCCUGAAAUGCAAGAUCCUGUUUUGGUUCCAUCUCUACUUCCACCUGUAACUGCUUUGAAUAUUCGACAUCUUCUGCAAAAUAAACCAUGGUGCAAAAAGCCCCAAACGGUUUCUACAACUAAGGAUACUGAUUCACUAAUCGACUUCACUUCCGAAUGCCAAUCAGAGAUUCCUACUCUGGGGUCCUCAAAAAUUGAUUUAGUCAGUCAGUCCGAAGUAGUUGCUCAACACUCUCACACCGAUGAUUCAUCAAACGCUAACUUUGACUCUCCAAACUGUUCUGUACUUGCUCCAGGUUUCGCCAAAAUCCAGAAUGCUGUAAAUAUUUUUUUAUGUGGCUUAAAAACAAGACAUGAACUAUGUGCCAGUUUUAUGGAUUCAUCAACUACCAUUGUUGAACGUUGUUUAUGGACUGCUCAACUGUUUGGUGAUGUAUAUGAAGUGAAAUUUUGGAGAUUGGUUGCUAAUCGUUUAUUGUAUAAAAGAGCUAAUAAUAUUUCUCAUUCGUCGGAAGAUAAACAGUUGUGGUCCCGUUACUUUUUAGAUUUAUCUUGGGACUUUUUAGCUGAUUGUGAACUGUAUCGUCAGAAUGUUGAAAAGUGUAUGUCAUUUGUAGAAAAAUUGCAUAUUUCACCAACAGAAACUAUGAAUUGUGUUGACACACUUCUAAUGCUUGGUCAACCUGAGCGAGCAGUUUCUUUGUUACUAGAAACUCCAGCUGAUUCAAGUCUGUAUUCUUUAAAUAUGUUCCGUGCUUGUUUACUUGCUGCAAAUGCCACUAGAAAAUCUUAUCUGUCAGGACCUAGUAUGGAUCAGUCGGUAGAGGAUACUUAUUUGAGCACAGUGAAAUUGGUUGCCACAAACUUACUCUCCAGUGGGAAAGUCAGUGAUGGUAUCGGAUUAUUAUGCCUUAUUGGUCUGCAAAUUGAUGCAUGUCGUUAUUUAGAGUCAUUUCAGCAAUGGGACCGUGCUAUUUGGUUAGCCAAGUGCACGUUAUCAAAUGAAGAGCAUGAUAAAGUACUGAGGCGUUGGGCAUCUUACUUAUUAUCAUCUCAAGUUCAUCGAAAAGAUUUAGCAGUCCUUGUCUAUGUUUACUUGGAAGAUCAUAAUGCUGUUUUAAAACUGCUUUUUAACCUGAAUCAGUAUCAGCUGGCAGCCAGAUACUUAGAGGCAUGUUAUGAAUUGGGGGUUUUGAAACCAACAAAAGAAACAGAAUCGUUGUAUGAAUCAAUAUUUAUGGAAUUCGGUUCUUUGCUUACAAAACUUGGUCAUCAUGAAGCUGCUAUGUAUUAUUGUAAUUUGGCUGGAAAAAUAGCUGAUUCAUUAAAAGAGGAAAUAGAUUUUUUGUUGUCGUAAAAAAUGAGAGCAAAAAUGCUGUGGUUUUUAUGAAUAUGAUGACAGUUGAUAUCUAUUUGUUUUUUCUAUUUUCCCACUUCGUAACUUAUUCUUUUUUUUCAAAAAAUAAAUAAAUAAAUAAAACAUCUGUGGCUGUGAUAUACUUAUUCACUGACUUAACACUACUAAUAUUACCCUUACCGAUAUUGUUGAUCAUUUAUUUUGUUUCCAACUUUUAAAUGUCAAUCUGCUUUCAGCCCACUUCAUAGCAUCCAACAAACGCUCACAUUAUACUUUCAUGCUUUCAAAUAAUAUUGUUUUCACAUUCCAAUUUUGCAAGCACUUCGUGUACAUUAUUAUUUUUUCUCUUUUGUUGUUUGUUUUUGAAAACUAUCGAGAAGUGAUAAGAAAUUUAUCAGUUUUGAAAAUAAAACUUUUGCUACUUUCAUUCAAUUUCUAUUGGAUUUGUAUUGGUAAAGUAUGAUAUACAUUUGAAAUUGAAUUUUGUUUUUAAUGUUGUUUACUUUUAUUCAAUAUGAUUUGGUUGGAAUCUACAAGGAGAAAUAAUAAUAGGGAUAUUAUUCACUUCAAGGCCUAUGUACAUGGUGAUCGGCUUACCUUUUGAUUUUUUCUUGGUGUCUAUUUUGAAGUUGAUACAUCGUCUACAUGGUUCAUUUUUGUCUUUCAGUAAUGAAGUUGAUUUUAAAUAGGGAUAAUGAUCGAAAUUAUGUAUUUAAAGAUGAUGAAAAAUGCUUACCUUCAGAUUUUCAGGUGAAUGCUCUCUUAUGUUAAUCUUUUUAUCUAUCUUUUCUACUUAUUUGGUGGUAGUAAUCUUCUGAAGUCACUAGGUAUAAAAAAUGGCUAUUGGAUUACUAGGCAAUAGGUACCUAUUUUCUCAUGAAAAUAGUUUAUUAUUCAUGCCUUUUUGUUUCAGUCUAAAUCACCUGGAACUAAGUAGAGCAACGAAUUGAUUGGUUGCAGUUGAAACCUAGUUGUAUUAUGUUCUCCGAGCUGGGUGGUUUAAUCGUGAAGUUUACAUUGUCUUUCUAGACGACAGCAUCAGCAACAACUUCAGUGUGAAGUGAGCUGUCAGUAUCUCUUCAUGUGUAA